CGUGGAAAAGAUCGGACCCUGGGACUAGUCCUGGAGGGGAUGGCGCUCAGGAUGCUGAGGCAGUGGGGUGUCCCGCGCUGGGUGGUGUCCGGGGUGUUGCAUUUCGUGAAGCUAUUUGAGUGUCAUCUGUUGCCACCCAUUGAUGUCAAGAUGACCAAGCUGGGAUUUUUACGGUUGUCCUAUGAGAAGCAGGACACACUUCUGAAGCUUCUAAUUCUGUCAAUGGCUGCUGUGUUAUCGUUCUCCACUCGUCUCUUUGCUGUCCUGAGAUUUGAAAGCGUCAUCCAUGAAUUUGAUCCGUACUUUAAUUAUCGGACUACCCGGUUCCUGGCUGAGGAGGGAUUUUAUAAAUUCCAUAACUGGUUUGAUGAUCGGGCCUGGUACCCUUUGGGACGAAUCAUUGGAGGAACAAUUUACCCAGGCUUAAUGAUCACCUCUGCUGCAAUCUACCAUGUCCUCCAUUUUUUCCACAUCACCAUCGACAUUCGGAAUGUCUGUGUGUUCCUGGCCCCUCUCUUCUCUUCCUUCACCACCAUCGUCACGUACCACCUUACCAAAGAGCUCAAGGAUGCAGGAGCUGGACUUCUUGCUGCUGCCAUGAUUGCUGUAGUUCCUGGCUAUAUCUCCCGAUCUGUGGCUGGCUCCUAUGAUAAUGAAGGGAUUGCCAUCUUCUGCAUGCUACUCACCUACUACAUGUGGAUCAAAGCAGUAAAGACUGGUUCCAUCUAUUGGGCAGCCAAGUGUGCCCUUGCUUAUUUCUACAUGGUCUCUUCAUGGGGAGGUUAUGUGUUCCUGAUCAACUUGAUCCCGCUUCAUGUACUGGUGCUGAUGCUCACAGGACGUUUCUCCCACCGGAUCUAUGUGGCCUACUGUACUGUUUACUGCCUGGGCACCAUUCUUUCCAUGCAGAUCUCCUUUGUGGGUUUCCAGCCCGUCCUUUCAUCAGAGCACAUGGCAGCCUUUGGGGUCUUUGGUCUCUGCCAGAUCCAUGCCUUUGUGGAUUAUCUACGCAGCAAGUUGAAUCCACAGCAAUUUGAAGUUCUUUUCCGAAGUGUCAUCUCCCUGGUAGGCUUUGUCCUUCUCACCGUGGGAGCUCUCCUCAUGCUGACAGGAAAAAUAUCUCCCUGGACAGGGCGUUUCUACUCACUGCUGGAUCCUUCUUAUGCUAAGAACAACAUCCCCAUCAUCGCCUCUGUGUCUGAGCAUCAGCCUACGACCUGGUCCUCGUACUAUUUCGACCUGCAGCUUCUCGUCUUCAUGUUUCCAGUUGGUCUCUAUUACUGCUUUAGCAACCUGUCGGAUGCCCGGAUUUUCAUCAUCAUGUAUGGUGUGACCAGCAUGUACUUUUCAGCUGUGAUGGUGCGUCUGAUGCUAGUGUUGGCGCCUGUUAUGUGCAUUCUUUCUGGCAUUGGAGUCUCUCAGGUGCUGUCCACUUAUAUGAAGAAUUUGGACAUAAGUCGACCAGACAAGAAGAACAAGAAACAACAGGAUUCUACCUACCCUAUUAAGAAUGAAGUGGCAAGUGGCAUGAUACUGGUCAUGGCUUUCUUUCUCAUCACCUACACCUUUCAUUCAACCUGGGUGACCAGCGAGGCCUACUCCUCUCCAUCCAUUGUGCUGUCUGCUCGUGGUGGGGAUGGUAGUAGGAUCAUUUUUGAUGACUUUCGAGAAGCGUACUAUUGGCUUCGUCACAAUACUCCAGAGGAUGCGAAGGUCAUGUCAUGGUGGGAUUAUGGCUACCAGAUUACAGCUAUGGCGAAUCGGACAAUUUUAGUGGAUAACAACACAUGGAAUAAUACCCAUAUUUCUCGAGUAGGGCAGGCAAUGGCAUCCACAGAAGAAAAAGCCUAUGAGAUCAUGAGGGAGCUUGAUGUUAGCUAUGUGCUGGUCAUUUUUGGAGGCCUUACUGGGUAUUCCUCUGAUGACAUCAACAAAUUUCUGUGGAUGGUCCGGAUUGGAGGGAGCACAGAUACAGGCAAGCAUAUCAAGGAACACGAUUAUUAUACUCCAACUGGGGAAUUCCGUGUGGACCGUGAGGGUUCUCCAGUGCUGCUCAAUUGCCUCAUGUACAAGAUGUGUUACUACCGCUUUGGACAGGUCUACACAGAAGCCAAGCGUCCACUAGGCUAUGACCGUGUUCGCAAUGCUGAGAUUGGGAAUAAAGACUUUGAGCUUGAUGUCCUGGAGGAAGCAUAUACCACAGAACAUUGGCUGGUCAGGAUAUACAAGGUGAAGGACCUGGAUAAUCGAGGCUUGUCAAGGACAUAAAUGUUACGUCCGUUCGGCUCUGAUCUGCCUCACACUGAGUGUGUCACAUUUACUGCGCAGAAGAUGGUUUAAAAAUAUGCAGUUUAUAAGAACAGAGCGCGAUGAGAUUGGAAUUGUUUGGAGGUUUUGUCCUGGGCAGUAUAGGCUGAGCCACAUGGAAUGAUCUUUAUAAUUCUGAGCAGGUUACCAAAUGAAAUGUCAUGGCUUUACUUUGGUCAAUUAAAGGGGGGAAUUUUUUAAAAAAUGUGCCUUAUUUCUUUUGACUUAUGACUGAUUUGAGGAAGCCUAAAGUUUAUGCUGGGCUGAAAGAAGGACAGAAAACAGACCUCAUCUGUGCUCUUAGCUCCCUAAAUGAGCCACAUAGGGGCAUUCUGUCUUUCUCUCUCAAAUCAGGAGAACUAUCAAGGACUAGCUCAGAUCCUACAUAUACAAACAAUUUUGUCAUUUCAAAAACUGCAGUACCUAGCACAAUGCCUUGCACAUAGUGGGUGCUCAGUAAGCUUUUACUGAAUGAAUAAAAGUUUGUGGGACCAGAGGAGUGCCAUUUCUGGGCAGGAAAAGCAGCUGCAUUGCCAUCAUGUCGCUGUUCUCAACAUCUCUUGUCCUUAGAGGCUCUUUGACUACACGGGACAGAAGGUGGCUAGCCAGACCUGAUCUCACCAGUAUGCUUUGGGACUAGCUAGGUGUUUUUUUGAGCAGGAGUAAAUCCAGUGAUACUAAAUCAGUAGUUUUGAAGACUUAAGGCAAACAGUGAAAUUAUUCUCAAUGGAGAGGAAGAAACUCCUCCAACAUUGUGUAUAGAACUUGAUGGUCAGUAGGUGUUUCUGAAUUAGCUGAUUUGUAACCAUACGUAUCUAUCUGAAAUCUAGCUUUUCAGUACUCUCACUUAUCCUUUAGCGAUUUCCUUUAGCUCAUGCACUAAAACUGUUGUGAUUAUUUAAAGGUGAGCUUCUCUCUCCCUUAGUCUCAGCCUCUUUGUUAUUAUAUAUCACUAACAAGCUCCAUGAUCUGGUUCUGAAGCCCUUGCCAAAUUAGCUACAAAAAGCACAGGAGUUCCAUCUAUAUUUAAUGUCAGGACAAACAGCCUUAUGUUCAGUUACAAUAGGGUAUUUUAUGUAUUUUAAGACAUAUGUCAGUGAUGUGUAUAAACCCUUAGUUAUUAAAAAAAAAAAAAAUACAAGGUAACUCUUUA